GAAGAAGAAGUCGGGCUUGCUGACGUGUUGGAAGGAAGCUGCAGCUUUAGCUUAUAUCAAAGUGCGCUGUUGUUAUUGAAAACCCCUUAUGAUUUCGGUGGUUUUUGUUUGUAUUUUUUUGACAUAACCUCAUCCAAGAUAAACUGACUAAACUUCAAAGGUGUGUUUGAGUGCUGAUGUUUCGUGAAGAACUAUGGGAAAGAAGAAGGUGCUUGAUCUGUAUAGAGCUCCAUUUCCACUUUACAGCGUCAAAGUGGAUGCAGCUACAGGGCUUGUGAUAACAGCAGGAGGCGGGGGUGCCUCAAAGACAGGAAUACAAAAUGCUGUGCAUUUUUUGGAUCUGAAGAUGGUUGGAGAAAAUCAGUACAGCUCCAGUCUUCUUCACUCUCAUAAUACAGACAAACGCGCUACUAUGAACAUGGCUGUGGGUGACGGUGUGAUUGCUGCUGGACAGGACGGCACAUGUAGCCUCAUGAAGUUUAACCUCUGCCGACAGAAAGAAGACAGAUCGGAUCACAAAGAUGGGAACACCCCUGAACUCAGUAAUGCCAGACGGAGACCUGGGAAAGCAGACAAAGGCAACCUCAAUAAACCUGCUGCAACUGGAGACAAGUCGGAUAUGAGAGAUGAGACAGAUCUUAUCACCGUGACCAAUUUAGCUGAAGUGCUCUCAGACCUUAACCCAAACGAUCCUCUUCAGAAAGUUGUCAGAUUUAGUCCUGACAUGAAGCUUCUGCUGACUGGAGGUACAGAUGGAUUCAUCAGAGUUUGGGAGUUUCCAUCCCUCAAGAAACAGUUUGACUUUAAAGCACAUGAAGAGGAGAUUGAAGACCUGGAUAUGAGCGUAGAAAGCAAGCUUCUUGUGACUGUUGGGCGAGACUUUACCUGCACUGUAUGGAGUGGCAACCAAAUGAUUACAGGUCUAAAGUGGUGUGAAACCAUGCCUCAAAUUUCUGAAAAGUCAUAUCGAUAUAUGGCAUGCAGGUUUGGAAAUGGUGAGGAGGAGAAAGAUGCACUAAGGCUUUACACAGUGCAAAUCCCUCAUAAGCGACACAAAAAUCCUCCUCCUUGCUAUAUCACAAAGUGGGAUGGCAAGAUCUUUCUACCCAUGUUAACAUCUCACUGUGGCACUGAAGUUAUUUCCAGUCUCGCUGUCAGUGACUCUGGAAAGUUUCUUGGCCUUGGCACAGUUACGGGAUCGGUAGCAAUUUAUAUUGCUUUCUCUCUACAGAAGCUGUACUAUGUCAAUGAGUCACAUGGCAUUGUUGUGACCGAUCUAGCAUUUUUGCCUGACUUCCUGAAAGGCCAAAGUAUCAAAGGCAGUAACAAAACAGCAAUGCUAAGUGUAGCUGUGGAUAGUCGUUGUCAAAUACAUGCUGUUACCAAAGGAAGACCCAUUCCUGUCUGGCUGCUCUUCUGCGGGUUCAUAUUUGUCGGUUUGCUCUUUUUUUUACAGUUCCACUUUCAGUUGUUUCUCUAAAGGAUGCAUAUUAUCAGUGAAUAACCUUUUGUUUGCAUCAGCAGCCUUUUUUUUAACACAAUAAAAUCUGAAGGACCAAAAGCAUGUAGCAGAAUUUUAAUUUGCCAUUUAUGUUUCUUGAUCUGGUCGUGCAACUUUAAGAUUUACUUUCUUUUUUUUAUAUUUAUUGCCUACCCCUAUACUAUAGGUGGUAAAUAUGUUAUUUAAUCUGAUAAUAUUUGGGCUGUCAUAUAUUGUUUGUAAACGCAUGUCCUACUGGCUGUGUUAGAACCACUGAUCUCUACUUAUUCGCUGGAUUGCUGACAGCCUGGAAAAAGUGAAGCCACCGGCUGCUAUAUCGGUACUCCCCACUGAGACGCGCCAUAAACAUGCCUACGUGUGUACUAUUUGGCAUUUUGCAAAAACAAGCCGUCUGUGGAAAAACGUUUCACAGGUAAUUUCAUAGUCAGUGGAUUUGCUAACCAAGAAAAUCCAUAUAUACGCCGAUGUAUCCCAAAGUAUACUAUGUAGUGUAACAUUAGUUUGGCUAUCUCGGACUGACUCGAAGAUAUUGACUGAGUUAGCCAUCGACAUUGUGUCUAAAGAUAGAAAAUGGAAAGUAUAGUAAAUGGAAAGUAAUUCACUGGGAAAUGUCAAUGUAGUAAUUCUUAAGUGGAUGACACCGUCAUUUUUGUAGUGUUUGUUGUAUUUCUCAUUUGAAAAAGUCGUACUGAAAUAUAUUGCAUGUUAUAUUGAUGGAAAAAAAGCAACAAAAAAUUUUUUAAAGGGUAAUGCACAGACACAGCAUAAAAGUAUAUGGCAUCUGGCAUGCACAAUUUAAAAAAUAGAAUACUAUGGCAUUAACAGGCAUGUACUUGUAAUUUAGUCUUGAUGUAAAUCUUGAAAUAUAUAUAAUAUGUAAUUACCACAACAAUGUCAUAUUGUACAUUACAUGUAUAUCAUCAAUUAAGCACUUUUGGCAAUCAGUAUUAUUAUGCUCUGUUAACACUUACAUUUUGUUCUGGUGGAUUUGUAUAAUAUGUCAUAUUUCAUGAUUUAUAGACUUCAUUGACUUCAUAAUGACUAUGUAAUGUGAUGU